GCCAAUAUAAUCUCUUAAGUCGUGCGUAUGCGAUCAACUUCGUAUACUCACGGAAAACGCAUUUACAAUACUCGAUGCAUUUAAUGCCAGGCAUUUAAAUGUUCUUCCCGCAUAAGAGGAAGGAAGAUACUCCAAUGUAUGUAGGAACAAAUGUUAUAAUUGUAAUCUCUUAUACUUACCGUCGCGCUAAUUUUAUGCCUUUACGCAUUCGUGGUUGGAAAGCAGGAUAUCGUACAUAUAAGUAAGCAAUAUACAAUACGAAAAGUUUAUUAACUCUCAUGUAAUUGCACGAAAAUUCUAUUUACAUUUUAUUCCAUACUUUAAACGAACUUAAUACUUUAUAUGAAUCAAAAAAGCGAUGUAUCGUGCAGUUAAAUGAUGCGUUAUUCAAUCUGAUAUCCUGAGAUUAAAAAAAAAACGUUACCGUAAACGUCUUGAACAAUAUAUGUAGAUUGUCGGCUAAUGUACUUAGUGCCAGAUGAAAGUCUCAAUUUAUAUAUUCUUUUUGUGGUAAUAGUAAUGAAAGAUAAUCAUAACAAGCGGCAGCAUGCACUCAUAUUCAUGUAUGAAUACGUUUUUCUUCGUAACGCAUUAGAUUGAACGGAGGAGAAGAUGGCUUUUCAGUGCCACGUGAGUUUUGAUAUUAAAUUAAUUUGUAUGAUGUCGCUCUAAGCCUUCUAUCCGAAAAUGGUACCAAUAAACGGAAUUUGCCUUACUCAUCCAGAAAAUGAUAUAUUGCUACAUUAUUUAUUCCCCGAAUUCGUUCCCUGAAAUCUUUCCUGAAAAAUCACGUUUCCAUUAGUGUCAUGAGAGAAAAACAAAUCAUGACAAAUUGAAUUAGCAUCAUGUAAGAUAAAUCAUAGAAAAGAAAGAGACGUAAGGAAGUGGCCUUUUCUGUAACAACCGUUUCCGACGCGUGAGCAUCAUCAGCCGUUUCGUUCUCUUUAAUCCUAACAGAACAUCUCUGCUGGAAAUAAUGAUGUCUCUUCGCGCGUGUCACCUGUAGCAUAUCCAUGCCCGACACCGGACAGUUUCUGAAUUACAGAUACACAGUAAAGACUCGGACAAGUUUACAUGUUACUUGAUUAGUGACGAGAAUGAGAUGCGUUUCGCCCGCGGGAUAACGUACAAUAACAAAUAACAUCAUAUUCAAAUAUGUUUGUGCGCGGCGCGUUUUGCGCUCUGUGUACCAUAAUACUCUUCUUUAACGUUAUCGUAGCGGAAUGGGUGGAUAUGCCGCAAUUCUCGGACGAGACAAAGAUUUACAGGUAAGUUAGUUACAUCAGUUUGUUCUCCGGAUCGCUCUAGAUUAAUAUCGCUUGUAUACUCUUUAAGGAUACCUUCUGUACAGCACAAUCAGUUUUAUAAAUUCAGACGAGGCGACACGGACAACAUUAACUUUCCCGGUAAUCAACGAAAUGGUAGCCAAACUUAUCGCCGUCAGAUCAAAGCCACACAUGCGAUGCAUAAUAGAAGGAUGGAGAUUAAGAAGAUAAAUUCCGUUUCGGUAUCAACAACGCCGAUAAAUCUGUUUCCUGAUCAAAUUAUCGACAAUUUCGCAGAUAUCGGUACAACGAUUCGCACUGCAACAAUCACCGAUGCUAUGACUGAGAAUAAAUUAAACAAACAAGAACAACUUAACAAGAAUGAUAUGAUAUCAUCAACAAAGGAUACAAUGGAUAACGUACUUACAACUCAACCACCACCAAAUACCGAACAAAAAACGUCGCAAGAUAAAUACGAUAACGACACAUCGAAGCGGGAUGAUGGUAUAUUCCAAUACUUGCCCAUAGACAUACUUAAAAGUGUUCACCGUACUUUGCAAUCGCAGCCAGCAUCGGUCGAAGGAAAACUUUACUUUCUUAAAACGAUCGAAAAGACAUUGAUGUCAGAGAUAGAAUCUCGCCUCACCACUACUAUGGCACCAAGUCGCAAAAUAAGAGGUGUCGAAUAUUAUGGGCAUGACGAUCACGAAGAUCAUUCUUUAGGAUUCCCUUCGAUAGAAGGUACACUGAUGGCCAUAUCAUUCCUCACGUUUGCAGUUUAUCUUGUUCGAUUAGUCAUGCUUCUCCUCCGGAAUAUUAACACACCUACGACCACUACAACCGCCGCUACAGUGUUUCUCGGUAAACGAAAACGAUCCACUGAUUUUGAUGAUGAUACCGCUAGGAUACUUAAUAACAUCAAUAGUUUCGUUCCUGAUCUUUAAAAUGUAAUAUAAAAUAAUAUAGUGUAUUAUUGGUGGUGGAAAUAGCUAGGAAAUGAAUGAUUCUAAAUGAAAAAAUAUGUU